UUAGAGCUGGGGGUUCCGCGUCCCCCGCACAGGUCUGGAACAGAAUCUGACAGUGAUGAAUCAGUACCAGAGCUUGAGGAACAGGAUUCCACACAGGCAACCACACAACAAGCCCAGCUGGCCGCAGCCGCUGAAAUUGACGAAGAACCAGUCGGUAAAGCAAAACAGAGCCGGAGUGAAAAGAAGGCACGGAAGGCUAUGUCCAAAUUGGGUCUUCGACAGGUUACAGGAGUUACAAGAGUCACUAUCAGGAAAUCUAAGAAUAUCCUCUUUGUCAUCACAAAACCAGAUGUCUACAAGAGCCCAGCUUCAGAUACCUACAUAGUUUUUGGGGAAGCCAAGAUCGAGGAUUUAUCUCAGCAAGCACAACUGGCAGCUGCUGAGAAAUUCAAAGUUCAAGGUGAAGCGGUCUCAAACAUUCAAGAAAACACAGAGACUCCAACUGUACAAGAGGUGAGUGAAGAGGAAGAGGUUGAUGAAACCGGUGUAGAGGUUAAGGACAUAGAAUUGGUCAUGUCACAAGCAAAUGUGUCAAGAGCAAAGGCAGUCCCAGCCCUGAAGAACAACAGUAAUGAUAUUGUAAAUGCUAUUAUGGAUUAACAAUGUAAUCAUCU